UCCUCACCCUAUCACAUUCUUUUCUCCGUCGUCUCUCUCCCGUACGGCCGGCGAGCGCCCCCCUCCGCCGCCCUCCCUUGCUGCGGCCGGCUGCGCUGAUCUCGGGCGAGCAGGGGCGCUCUCCUCCUUCAUCCUCACCGCUGAACCCGCCAUGUCCCACAAUGGAUCCGCCGCUGUGUGGGAGCACCGUGCGUACGCGCGUGUGGGGCUCUUGGGCAACCCCAGCGACAUGUACGGAGGCAAGGCGCUCUCCUUCACCAUCUCCAACUUCUGGAGUACUGUCCACCUUGCUCCAUCCACCGAUGGCGGCCCCAUCGUGAUCCAGCCGCACCCGCAGCACGACUUCGUCAACUUUGCGUCCCUCCCGCAGCUCGUGACUCGCUUACAAAAGGAAGGAUAUUUUGGAGGGGUUCGGUUGCUCAUGGCCAUCUGUAAAGUUUUCUAUAACCACUGUAUCCAACAUGGAAUCACACUGAAGGAACAAAAUUUCACCUUAUCAUAUGAUACUAAUAUUCCCCGUCAGGCUGGGCUUUCUGGUUCAAGCGCUAUUAUUUGUGCCGCUCUAAACUGCCUUCUUGAUUUUUACAAUGUCAGACAUCUAAUAAAUGUCGAAAUCAGACCUAAUAUUAUUCUUGAUGCCGAGAAAGAGCUUGGAAUUGUUGCUGGUCUUCAGGAUCGGGUGGCACAGGUUUAUGGUGGGCUAGUCUAUAUGGAUUUUGGUAAGGAGCAUAUGGACACAUUGGGUCAUGGCGUGUACACACCUUUGGAUGUCAAUAUUCUCCCCCCUCUGUAUCUGAUCUAUGGAGAUAAUCCAAGUGACUCUGGCAAGGUCCACAGCACCGUUAGGCAAAGAUGGCUUGAUGGAGAGGAGUUUAUAAUAUCGUCCAUGGAAGAAAUAGCGCAGCUGGCCCUUGAUGGCCGCAAGGCUUUGUUGGACAAGAAUUAUAGGGAGCUUGCCACGCUUAUGAACAGGAACUUUGACCUACGGCGGCAAAUGUUUGGAGACGAUGUGAUUGGGAUGGUGAACAUAAAGAUGGUGGAGGUGGCGAGGAGUGUGGGCGCAGCAGCCAAGUUCACCGGCAGCGGGGGCGCCGUGGUGGCCCUAUGCCCGGACGGCGACGAGCAGGUGCUGCUUCUGGAGAAGGCGUGCCAGGACGCCGGCUUUCUUAUGCAGCGUAUCCAAGUUGCCCCGUCACCACUGACGCUCACAGAGGAUGAUCCUCCUUUCUAGUCUGAUCUUGUUUAUUUCUCAGCUGUUUUGUUACCAACAUUCAUUCAUACAUACUGUCUGCUUUGAAUCCUCGUUUUCCCUUUUCGAAUCCUUAUGACAAUACGUCAACAUCUUCGUUGUCAAUUGUGUGAUUGAUUCUGUUUUAUUUACCACUCCUGGAGGAGACGGCAAUUAAGAGCAAGCUGGUUCAGUCUCAUACACUAGGACAUAAUAUUACUAUAACAA